AUGGGAAUCUAUGUGAAUGGUGUAAUUUUACCAAAUCGUUCGGGAUUAUUAACAAUCCGAAUAUGUAACCAUCUGAUGGACGCGGCGAAACAAAUGACACUCAGCAAACAAUUGAGAAAACAAAUUUGGAACCCAAAAGUGUUUCUGGCAUUAUCUCCAGUUAAAUCUCAGGAUCUAUUUAAACAACGCUUACAGUUGUACUGUUAUUCAUUGGAAUUCUUGGAUUCAACCUGCAAUAUGAUUGUCGAUGAGUAUCAUAAUCAAAUUAAUGAAAUGUCAUUGGAUAACAAUCAAACCAAUUCGCAACACUGCAAAACGUUAACCCUUUGUGGUUGA